AUGUCUCAAGACUACGACGAUGAAGACUAUUACCUCCCACUAGAAGAUCAGCGCGUCUUUGGCGCUGGAAUCCGCCGCAAAAGAGUGCCUUUCGUGCGCUCGGGAGAGUUGAAUACUACUACCACGCCAGGCUCAUCUUCGAUCACUGGCACAAAUAUCGCUGAUGCAUACCUCUCGAUCGUCCUCAAGCAAAACAAUACCUCAAAUACUUCACCAUCAACACCUACGAAUACAAAUCCCUCUGACGAACCCAUCCCGCCACCCCGAACAACUCAUUCCGCCCCGCCAUCAACAGAGACAAAAUCUCCCGCGCCUCCGGAUAUUAUAGAGUUUCGCCCAAAAGAUCCUGAACAAGGGCUCUGCGAAGUAUGCAGCCUUCCCCUCUCAGAUCCACAACAGUCUCAGACAACACCAGCGUUCACCCGUCCCCACGAAGCCUCCCUGGCUCAUCAAGUCUGUCUCAAACACUCACACCCACCCAGCCACCUCGACCGUACACGUGCAGGAAUGCGCUACCUCUCGACUUAUGGCUGGGACCCGGAUAGCCGACUCGGUCUCGGCGCGCCGGGGCGGGAAGGUAUCCGGGAGCCGAUAAAGGGCCGCAUCAAGCAUGAUACGGCGGGGCUGGGGUCGGGACUGGAUAAAGAUGGAGAUCCGAUCAAGGUUCCUGUUGUAGUGAAGAGCAAGGUUGUUAAGUUGAACCCGAAGGAGAUGAAAAAGCAGGAGGCUGAGGCGAAGAGGAGGGGCGAAAAGAUGAGGAAUUUGUUCUUCCAGAGUGAUGAGGUUUUGAAGUACCUCGGGGAGAGUGCCUAA